CGUGCCGCCUCAGAGCUCCGGAACAGACAGACAAAUCGCCGUCGAGUCGCGCAGCAACAAAAGCAUUAACAGUGUGUGUGUGUGUGUGUGCAAAGCGUGUGUGUGUAAUUAAUUAAUAACAAAUAUAAUAUAUAUCGCAACACGCUAGAACAAGUGAAAGUGCAAGUGCAUUGAGUUUUGGUAUUUGGUAUUUAAAUUGGCGCCACUUAUAGCCAGCAACAGCAUGUCCAGCCACGAGGAGGAUGAACAUGAGCAUGAGCAUGAUGCUGAGGAGCCAGAGAUACAUGUGGAUGUCGACUCGGAUUCACGCAUGAGCUGCGGCAGCGGCAGCGAUGUGGAUAUGGAUGGCGGCAGCUGCUACGAUGAGUCCGAAACGCCAUUGAGCGAAUCGCUGCAGUCGGAACAGACACGCUCCUCGUCCAGUGAGAAUCUGCCCUUUAGCAUAUCCAGACUGCUGUCCAAGCCGUUUGAGGCAAAUAACAACAACAACAGCAGUCAGAUUAAUAAUGCCAGCGGCAGCGGCAACGACAAGGAUCAGCUUACAGUUGAGGAUCAGGAUUUGGCUGCCUAUAAGCUGGCCACCAGUAUUGCCAACUCCACAUAUGGCAGCGCAGCAGCGCUCUACUCAUAUCCGCAUCUGUAUCCAUCAGCAGCAGUCGCCGCCGCGGGGCAUGUGCUGCGUGUGCCGCCCCAGCGCACUCCGCUCACUUGGGCGCUGCCUCCGCUGCAUCAUGCAGCGUUGGCGCAUCAGGCGGUCAAGGAUCGGUUAGCAGCUGCGUUUCCCAUUGCACGGCGCAUUGGGCAUCCGUAUCAGAAUCGCACGCCGCCCAAACGGAAAAAGCCGCGCACAUCCUUCACACGCAUCCAGGUGGCCGAGCUGGAGAAGCGCUUUCACAAACAAAAGUAUCUCGCCUCGGCGGAGCGUGCGGCACUUGCACGCGGCCUCAAAAUGACAGAUGCGCAGGUGAAGACUUGGUUUCAAAAUCGUCGCACCAAAUGGCGACGGCAAACCGCAGAGGAACGCGAGGCUGAGCGCCAAGCGGCCAAUCGACUGAUGCUCUCACUGCAGGCGGAGGCCAUAAGCAAAGGAUUCGCGCCGCCAGCAGCGCCGCUGAGCUCGCAGGGCGGCAUGAAUGUCAAUGGCGCACCACUGGCCGCUCUGCAUGGUCUGCAGCCCUGGGCGGAGGCACCACAUGCUGCGGGCUGCUAAUCCAACGCCCAAUGCGCGUACUUAAGAUUUAUUUGUGAUAAAGUUUCGCUUUGUAAAUAGUUGAAGUUGAGCAACUGUGUCGCUUCGUAUUGUAAAUAGUUAGCUUUACUUUAUAGUAGCUCCGAUUUAUGUUAACACACAAGUAUUUGUCUCUUGUACUUAAGUUCAUGUUUGUAGUCUUCUUAGUGCUAAGACCCCCGCCCAAUCCAAAUCCAAAUCCAAAUCCAAAUCAGCAUCUCAAAUUGUCACACACACACAUAUAACUAAGGCAUUAAAUUUAUAUAUAACAAAAACAUAUAUGGCUUGUAUUGUAACUGUAAUAAUAACGCUGUCUGUCUAGUUCUAAGUCCACAAUGGCAUUACUUAGUAUUAUAAAAAGCUAUUUGCGCGUUUAGUACGCAA